AUGGAAGAUCAGGACGAAACACUGCGGCUAAAAGUACUGGUCAUUGGACAGCCCGCUGUUGGCAAGACAUCAAUUUUACGACAAUUGUGCCAAGGAACAUUUGUAGAGGGGUACAGAGGAACAAUUGGUGUCGAGUUCUAUCCAUAUACACUUGAAAUACAAGGCAAAAAAUGUGAAUUGACGUUGUGGGAUGUUGCAGGGCAAGAGACAUCGAAGUCGUUGAGUCGGGCUUAUUACAAUGGAGCCCAUGGAGCAAUUGUAGUUUAUGACACAACAAACAAAGAAACAUUUGAAAGAACAAUUGAGUGGAAAAGAGAUUUAACUGAAAAGGUGCAAUACUCUGGAAUUGAUAUUCCAGUCCUUUUGGUUGGGAAUAAAAGCGAUUUGUUGGACGAGGAGAAUUUGGUCAAAGAGAAGAUGAAACUCAACCAAAAGGCGAGUUCGGAAGAAUACGUUACAGGGCUCAUGACGAGCGCAAAAAUGGGAACCGGAAUUAAAGAGUCUGUCACGGUACUUUGUGUGAACAUGCUUGAUAGAUUCAAAGACGUUUUUGAAAAGAAGGAAGACAUAAUCAAACUGACACCACAACAGCAUCAACAAGAAAGAUGUUGUUAA